AUGAAGUUUUGCAGAGCGCUCGUGUAUAAAAGCGAGCUUUUCUCAUCUGUUCAGAGCUCAGUUCAACUUUCUCUUUCUCCGUUCAAGCCACCGUCUAUCCCGAUGUUUCCCUCCAAAGAAUUGCAUUUCCUCACCUUUGCAGCGAUCACGAGUGCCAUGCUAAUCAAUGUUUUCCACCCUUCCGUGAUGUCUACUAUCGCCCUAUUUGACCCAUUUAACACUUCGUACACGGCCUUCAAUGCCACAAAUGCCACAAUAUCCAAACAUGCCAUUAGGACGGGUACUCGUGGUUCAGUCCACAUGCCUGGAGCAAAUUCAACCACAACCGCCAACAGAUCUCGCACCGUCGCGUGCCAACUGUUGUCUAAAACUUCCUCCAUGCGCCUGCCUAGUUACCGUCAUACGCGCAGGCGCAAGUCCAAACCCAUCGCUCAGGCAGACCUUCCCGAUAUGGCCCAGAAAUGGAAAGAUAUUUGCCUCGCAAGCGGUGGCGACAUUCUGACGAACGAUCCAUGCGUGCAGUUGGCCGGCGAACGUAGUAUCAAUGCCUUGCUCGCUGGCGAUCCAUGCGCGCAACAGGACAAUGCCGACGCUAUGAUUGAUUUUGCGAAUUCUGCAGGCAUCACGAACCGCGACAGGCUCAUCGCGAACGCCGUAGCUUUCUACGAACAUCCAUGGAACGCACUCAAUAUUCCCUCCGCUUUAGUCUGUCAGAAAGCGCCCAAGAAUUCCGAGCUGAACGUGCUAUAG